AUGCGUGAUGCUCGUCACAGGGAGAUUGAGGAGGCGGAGAUAGGUGCGUUGGAGCGGCGGUUGAGGCACGGCAUGGAGAUGCUGGUGGGGAAGAAGCGAGCUCUGCUCAUGCACAUGCAGCUUGAUCGCACACACCCCCACCUCAUGCAGCCCCCAGGAGCUGUUUGUUUCUCAGUGCCCUUCCCAUACUCCCCCUCCCCCUUUCCCUCUCGGACCUCCCCCUUCCGCCCUCCCCCCUCCCCCUUUCCCCGUCCCUCCUCACCUGCCUAUGCCGGCAGGAGCUGCAGACGAUUCGUAGGGCUGCCCAUGCACGCACCCAUGGAGGAGGAGAGGGACGAAGGUGGGGAGGAAGAAAAUGUGGGAGAAGGAAGGGAGGUGUUGAGGGAGAAGGAGAGAGGCGAAGGUGGGGAGGCAAGGAAGGCGGGGGGGAGGGAGGGAGGUGUUGAGAGGGAUGUGGGUGGGGAGAGCAGUGAUGGUUGGGAUGUAGCUGUUGGGCCUACUGAUGCACGCACCCAGGGAGGAGGAGAGGGACGUAGUUGGAGAUCAAGGCGGCUGAACGAAGGACUAUUCUUCCCCCCCAUCCUCCCCUCCCCCACUCCCACCAUUCAACCCCGGCCCCUUCACUCACCAGAGAGCAUGCGGUUGAAGGGAAACCCCCCGCUGCUGCUGGAGUUGCAUGCGACAGAGGCAGCUGAAGGGGUACCCCCCCAUCCCCCCAUUUCCCCCCCCCAUCCCCCCAUUUCCCCCCCCCAUCCCCCCAUUUCCCCCUCCUCCCCCAUGCCCACUU